AUGAAGGGAUUAUCUAGCAGCCGCAGUCAUCACCAUGGGGUUGCCUGUGACCCUGCAUGUGACAGCCUGCCACACCACCCGGACCGCAAGCCAUAUUUGUUAAACCCGGUGGACCCUCAUCCUGCAGACCACCCUUACUACACUCAAAGGAACUCUUUUCAGGCGGAGUGCAUGGUGCCCUACGGCGACCAGAUUGCCAGCAGCACGUUUCCCCGGAGGCAUUACAAUUCCCACCAUGAACUCAAGGACGAGUGUGCUCUGGUUCCCCAUGGAACUGCCAACAAGACCAACCGCAUUCCGAAUCGGGAUGGCUACCACACUCUGCAGUACAAGCGGACUGCCAUGGAGCACCGCAGUGACAGCCCGGGGAGGAUCCGGCAUCUGGUCCAUUCGGUCCAAAAGCUCUUUACCAAGUCCCAUUCACUGGAGGGACCAUCCAAGGGGAGUGUCAACGGGAGCAAAGCGAGCCCGGAGGAGUCGCAGACGUUGAGGUAUGGGAAGCGCAGCAAGAGUAAAGAAAGGCGAUCAGAAGGUAAGCCCAGAUCCAAUGCAUCAGGAUGGUGGAGUUCAGAUGACAACUUGGACAAUGAUGUUUGCAUUUAUCAUGGUCCCAGUGGGGUCAUGACCAUGGGAAGAUGCCCUGAUCGUUCUUCUUCCCAAUACUUUAUGGAAGCCUAUAACACUAUUAGCGAACAUACUGUGAAGUCAUCCAGAAGCAAUAAUGAUGUCAAAUGCUCUACCUGUGCAAACCUGCCUGUGAAUUUGGACUCCCAGUUAAUGAAGAAAAGCUCUUGGUCCUCUACACUAACUGUGAGCAGAGCCCGUGAAGUUUACCAGAAAGCAUCAGUUAACAUGGACCAGACAGUGGUGAAGGCAGAGACGUGUCAACAGGAACGGUCAUGUCAGUACCUCCAGGUUCCUCAAGAUGAAUGGACUGGAUUCACUCCACGAGGGAAAGAUGACGAGAUUCCCUGCCGACGGAUGCGUAGUGGCAGUUACAUCAAAGCCAUGGGGGAUGAUGACAGUGGAGACUCAGACACAAGUCCAAAGCCAUCUCCAAAGAUUGCUGCAAGGAGAGAGAGCUAUCUCAAGGCCACCCAACCAUCCCUUACAGAGCUCACCACCCUCAAGAUAUCCAGUGAACACUCGCCAAAGCUCCAGAUUCGGAGCCACAGUUACCUGAGGGCAGUGAGUGAAGUCUCCAUCAACAGGAGCCUGGACAGCCUGGACCCCGCGGGGCUGCUGACGUCCCCCAAGUUCCGCUCCCGCAACGAGAGCUACAUGAGAGCCAUGAGCACCAUCAGCCAGGUGAGCGAGAUGGAGGUGAACGGCCAGUUCGAAUCUGUCUGCGAGUCGGUGUUCAGUGAGCUGGAGUCCCAGGCAGUGGAGGCCCUGGAUCUGCCCAUGCCUGGCUGCUUCCGCAUGAGGAGCCACAGCUACGUCAGAGCCAUCGAGAAGGGCUGCUCCCAGGACGACGAGUGCGUCUCGGUGCGCUCCUCCUCUCCCCCACGUACGACCACCACAGUGAGGACCAUCCAGAGCAGUACUGUGUCAUCCUGCAUUACCACCUACAAGAAGACACCACCUCCAGUCCCACCAAGAACUACCACCAAACCGUUUAUUUCCAUCACAGCCCAGAGCAGCACAGAGUCUGCCCAGGAUGCCUACAUGGAUGGGCAUGGGCAGAGGGGAGAUAUCAUUAGUCAGUCUGGACUUAGCAACUCCACUGAGAGCUUGGACAGUAUGAAGGCACUAACAGCUGCUAUUGAAGCUGCCAAUGCGCAGAUCCAUGGCCCUGCAAGUCAACAUGUAGGGAACAAUACUGCCACUGUCACCACCACCACAACCAUUGCCACUGUUGCAGUAGAAGAUAGAAAGAAGGACCACUUCAAGAAAAACAGAUGCUUAUCCAUUGGAAUACAGGUGGAUGGUGCAGAAGAAUCCACUAAAUCAGGUGAAAAUAAAGCAACCAGUAAGUUCCAGUCCAUAGGAGUUCAAGUAGAGGAAGAGAAGUGCUUUCGCAGGUUUACACGAUCUAAUAGUGUAACAACAGCCGUGCAAGCAGACUUGGAUUUCCACGAGAACUUUGAAAUAAUCGACCCUCAAGAGGACAAUACAUGUUCUGGACAAAUAUCAAGACAAUUUUCCCGAGAUGCAAGCACCUCCACCGUUAGCAUACAAGGGUCAGGAAACCAUUAUCAUGCCUGUGCAGUAGAUGAUGACUUUGAUACAGAUUUUGAUCCAUCAAUUUUACCUCCUCCUGACCCCUGGAUUGACUCUAUCACUGAAGAUCCUCUGGAAGCCGUUCAAAGGUCCGUGUGCCCACGAGAUGGCCACUGGUUUCUGAAGCUACUUCAGGCAGAGAGAGAUCGUAUGGAGGGCUGGUGCCAACAGAUGGAGAGAGAAGAACGGGAAAACAACUUACCUGAAGACAUUCUAGGGAAAAUUCGAACUGCAGUGGGCAGUGCACAGCUUCUCAUGGCCCAGAAAUUUUACCAGUUCAGAGAGCUUUGCGAAGAAAACCUGAAUCCUAAUGCACAUCCACGGCCGACCUCCCAGGAUUUAGCAGGGUUUUGGGAUAUGCUGCAGUUGUCCAUAGAAAAUAUUAGUAUGAAAUUUGAUGAACUUCAUCAAUUAAAGGCCAAUAAUUGGAAACAGAUGGAUCCUCAUGACAAGAAGGAGAGAAGGGUCCCUCCUCCAGUGCCAAAGAAGCCAUCGAAAGGUCAGGUGCCACUCAUACGAGAACGCUCUCUGGAAAGCUCGCAGCGUCAAGAGGCCCGGAAACGGCUGAUGGCUGCCAAGCGCGCUGCAUCGGUCCGCCAGAACUCAGCUACCGAGAGCGCCGAAAGCAUUGAGAUAUACAUCCCCGAAGCCCAGACCAGGCUAUGAAGGGAUCCAACUGGGAGGACUCUCUCUGGCAAGACAAGCGUCAUGUAUAAUCUGCCCCUCUAGGCUCCUGCUCAAGGUCACCACGAAGUAUUUGUACCUCCUCCUCUCCUCUCGCUCUCUCUCCCCUCCUCUCCCUCCCCCUCUCUCUGUACACAGCUGCCCCGAUGCUCCCAGUGAACUCCACUGCCGUGGCGUAGUUGUUGGUCCUCCGAGAGAUGUCCUCUAAUCACCCACGCUUUCUGAAGGUUCACCCAUGUCAUCAUGAUGCUUUGUCACAUGUACUGAUGCUACCACUUUGCCUCAUGUAAACGAGUACAAUCUUUUUUUUUCUUUCUGUUUGAAACAAAUAAACGCGGCGCUCACACUUCCACACACCCGUGCACCUGUACAGUAGAUGCUCCAUUUAACUUACUCAUGAUCUUUAGUUGAUCUAAAGCUAGUCUGUUACCCAGUGUACAGCAAUAUCAAACUGUAGGGGACUUUGGAAAUUUCAGUCACACAGGGUGAUCCUUUUGGACUCUGCCGUCUUCCUCACAAAAGAUGAAAGCAGCUAUGACUUGGAUUCCCUUCUUUUUAUUACUGGUUUUUGUUUGGUUUUUUUUUAAGCAGAUGGCGCACUUUAUUCUAAACCUCCGAAUUACACCUUCUCACCUGAAUUUAAGGAGUCACGCAAGGGGAGGGGGCUGGGGCGGGAGUGGGGAGGGGGGGAGAAAAAAAACCACACAGAUCUAUGGGGGUGAAAAAGCGGAAAUAUAUCCCGCAGGUGGGGUGGCGAGGAAUAGAAAAGAUUCUGUGGAAAGAUACCUGCACACUCACAGCUGCACAAACUGCCUCAUUUUUAUUUCAUCAAUCACUACUUAAACAUUUCAAUCAGCAGAAGAUUGUAAAUUCGAUCUUCCAGGGAAAUAAUCUAUUUUGAAAGACAAUAAAAGAGUGAAAAGGAAGGAGAUAAGAAGCAAUGACAGUUGAAGAGAGAAUAUAAAAGAAGGAUUUUCUUGUCCAAGUAUUAAGAAUUUUUUAAAUUGUACUGUAUUGUCAAUUCCUCUUGUAUUGUAUUGUAUGGAUUAUAUUGGUU